AGGACCUAUCCUAGAUACGGUAGCGAGCAGUCUGCGCAAUCCAGGUGGACUGGGUGGGACCCGGUGGUACUGACUUGCUUCAUGUGGGAGGCUGCGCAAUUCUGAUCCGUCGAUGAUGCCCGCUGUUAAACUUCGAGAAACUUAUUUCAAGUUCCAACCCUCGAUCAAAAUAUUGGUACCAAUUCACACUAGCUGCUUGACUGGAGCUCGGGGCUGCUUGAAAAGGCUUGGAAGCUCCUUGAUUUGCCCUCUUUCUUUGCCGCGGCAGGCUGUAGAGCGGCCGCCUUCGAGGAGGGACAAAGUCCUAAGCAGGCGGUCAGAUUCGUAGCCAGUGGCUGGGAAGCCAUGCAGAUCUUCGUGAAGACCCUCACGGGGAAGACUAUCACCCUCGAGGUGGAGUCUUCCGAUACCAUCGACAAUGUGAAGGCCAAGAUUCAGGACAAGGAGGGCAUCCCUCCGGACCAGCAGAGGCUCAUCUUUGCAGGCAAGCAGCUGGAGGAUGGGCGCACUCUGGCGGACUACAACAUCCAGAAGGAGUCGACCCUCCACUUGGUGCUGAGGCUGCGCGGUGGGGCCAAGAAGCGCAAGAAGAAGACUUACACCAAGCCCAAGAAGAUCAAGCACAAGAAGAAGAAGGUCAAACUCGCGGUCCUCCAGUACUACAAGGUGGACGAGUCUGGCAAGGUGCACCGCCUGCGGAAGGAGUGCCCCAACCCAGAGUGCGGGUCUGGCACCUUCAUGGCCAACCACUUUGACCGCCACUACUGCGGCAAGUGCGGGUUGACCUAUGUGUACCAGAAGAAGGGAGAGGAGGCAAGCUAGACUCGCUGGAGAUUACAGCUUUUCCACAUGAAGUCAGCUUGUGUUGAUGUCGUAUUGUAAAGUUGUUUGCUUCAGCUCGACACACAGCCAACCAGCAUGUUCUUGCAUGGCGUUCGUUGUGUUCCCUCAUGGAUAACCUUCCAAUUUGUCUGCUCGUGUUGCUUA